GGGGCCGUAGGGGGCGGGGCCGAUCGAACGUCUCCGGGUCCGACGCCCCCGACCUGCGGGGUUGGCCCGGGAACGAUAGGUUGGGCGGCUGGGGGUCGGGGCCUGCAGACAAUGUGGGGCGGCGAUCGCCUGGCGGGUGCUGGCGGAGGCGGGGCGGCUGUGACUGUGGCCUUCACCAACGCUCGCGACUGCUUCCUCCACUUGCCGCGGCGCCUUGUGGCCCAGCUGCACCUGCUGCAGAAUCAAGCUAUAGAAGUAACGUGGGGUCAGCAGCCUGCAUUCUUGAGUUGGGUGGAAGGCAGGCAUUUUCGUGAUCAAGGUGAAAAUGUGGCUGAAAUUAACAGACAAGUUGGUCAGAAACUUGGACUCUCAAAUGGGGAACAGGUGUUUCUCAAGCCAUGUUCCCAUGUGGUAUCUUGUCAACAAGUUGAAGUGGAACCCCUCUCAGCAGAUGAUUGGGAGAUACUGGAGCUGCAUGCUGCUUCCCUUGAACAGCAUCUUCUAGAUCAAAUUCGAAUAGUUUUUCCAAAGGCCAUUUUUCCCAUUUGGGUUGAUCAGCAAACUUACGUAUUUAUCCAGAUUGUUGCACUAAUACCAGGGGCACCUUAUGGAAGACUGGAAACUGACAGCAGACUCCUUAUUCAGCCAAAGACUCGCCAAGCCAAAGAGAAUACAUUUUCAAAAGGAGAUAAUGCAUGGGGAAAAUUUCAUAAUUAUGAAGGAAACCAAAAAGGAUUGACAAAAGAACCUCAAACCAAGCAACUUCAGUCAAAUACUAUAGGAAUCACUGGGUCUCAAGAAACAGAUUCAAAGGAUACAAUUGACGCAUCCUCAGUGCCAAGCUUAUGGACUAUGAUAGGAAGUAUUUUUUCAUUUGGGUCUGAAAAGAAACAAGAUAUGUCCUGGGGUUUAACUGAAAUCAAUGCAUUCAAAAAUAUGCAGUCAAAAGUUGUUCCUUUGGACAAUAUUUUCAGAGUAUGCAAAUCUCAGCCUCCCAGCAUAUGUAAUGCAUCCCCAACUUCUGUGUUUCACAAACACUACACCAUUCAUGUAUUUCCAUGGGACCAGGAAUAUUUUGAUGUGGAGCCCAGCUUUACUGUGACCUAUGGAAAGCUAGCUAAAGUACUUUCUCCAAAGCAACAGCAAAAUAAAACAAAGCAAAGUGUCCUGUCACCUGAAAAAGAGAAGCAGAUGUCAGAACCACUAGAUCAAAAACAAAUUAGCCCAGACUCAAGUCAAGAAGAUGACAAGGCCUGCGUGCUAAAGGUGGUCUGGAACGGACUUGAGGAAUUGAAGAAUGCCGUUAAAUACACCAAGAAUGUAGAAGCUCUUCAUCUUGGGAAAGUUUGGAUUCCAGAUGACCUGAGAAAGAGACUAAAUAUAGAAAUGCAUGCAGUAGUCAGAAUAACUCCAGUGGAAAUUACCCCUAAAAUUCCAAGAUCUCUAACAUUACAACCUAGAGAAAGCUUACCUGAAGACGUAAGUGAAGAAGACAUAAAAGCUGUGUUCUGUUCAUGGUUACAACAGUCCACUACUACCGCACUUCCUUUGAUAAUAUCAGAGGAAGAAUAUAUUAAGCUGGAAAUUAAAGAUGGAUUGAAGGAGUUUUCUCUGAAUACAGCUCAUUCUUGGGAAAAGGAAAAAGAAAAAAAUAUUUUUCUAUUGAGUGCCAAUCUGCUACAGAAGACUACAAUACAAGUCCUUCUAGAUCCUAUGGUAAAAGAAGAAAACAGUGAGGAAAUUGACUUUAUUCUUCCUUUUUUAAAGCUGAACUGCCUGGGAGGAGUGAAUUCCAUAGGCAUCUCCUCCAUGGAGCACAUCACUCACAGCCUCCUGGGACGCCCUUUGUCUCGGCAGCUGAUGUCCCUCGUGGCAGGACUUAGGAAUGGUGCCCUUUUACUCACGGGAGGAAAGGGGAGUGGAAAAUCAACUUUAGCGAAGGCAAUCUGCAAAGAAGCGUUUGACGUAUUGGAUGCCCAUGUGGAGAUAGUUGACUGUAAAGCUUUACGAGGAAAAAGGCUUGAAAACCUACAAAAAACCAUAGUGGUGGCUUUCUCAGAGGCAGCGUGGAGGCAGCCUUCUGUUGUUCUGCUGGACGACCUGGAUCUGGUUGCGGGCCUGCCUGCCCUCCCGGAACACGAGCAUAGUCCUGAGGCUGUGCAGAGCCAGCGGCUGGCACAUGCCUUGAAUGAUAUGACGAAAGAGUUAAUUUCCAUGGGAAGUUUGGUUGCACUGAUUGCUACAAGCCAGUCUCAACAUACUCUACAUCCUUUACUUGUUUCUGCUCAAGGAAUUCACCUGUUUCAGUGCGUCCAGCACAUACAGCCUCCUGAUCAGGAGCAAAGAUGUGAAAUUCUGCAUAAUGCCAUAAAAAAUAAACUGGACUGUGAUAUGAACAGGUUCACUGAUCUUGACCUGAAACGUAUAGCUAAAGAGACUGAAGGCUUUGUGGCUAGAGACUUUAUAGUGCUUGUGGAUCGAGCCAUACAUUCUCGUCUCUCUAAUCAGAGUGUAUCUACCAGAGAAGAAUUAGUUUUAACAACAUUGGACUUCCAAAAGGCUCUCCAAGGAUUUGUUCCUGCAUCUCUGAGAAAUGUCAACCUACAUAAACCUAGGGACCUGGGCUGGGAUCACAUUGGUGGAUUACGUGAAGUUCGGCAGAUCCUUAUGGAUACAAUCCAGUUACCAGCCAAGUACCCAGAGUUAUUUGCAAACUUGCCCAUACGACAAAGAACAGGAGUACUACUGUAUGGUCCUCCGGGAACAGGAAAAACCUUACUAGCUGGAGUAGUUGCACGAGAGAGUGGAAUGAAUUUUAUUAGUGUCAAGGGGCCAGAGUUACUCAGCAAAUAUAUUGGAGCAAGUGAACAAGCUGUUCGGGAUAUUUUUAUUAGAGCACAGGCUGCGAAGCCCUGCAUUCUUUUCUUUGAUGAAUUUGAAUCCAUCGCUCCUCGACGAGGCCAUGAUAAUACAGGGGUCACAGACCGUGUAGUUAACCAGUUGCUGACUCAGUUGGAUGGAGUAGAAGGCUUACAGGGUGUUUAUGUUUUGGCUGCUACCAGUCGCCCUGACUUGAUUGACCCUGCCCUGCUGAGGCCUGGCCGACUAGAUAAAUGCGUCUACUGCCCUCCUCCUGAUCAGGUGUCACGUCUUGAAAUUUUAAAUGUUCUCAGUGCCUCUCUACCUCUGGCAGAGGACGUGGAUCUUCAGCAUGUGGCAUCCCUAACUGACUCCUUCACGGGAGCUGAUCUGAAAGCCUUACUUUACAAUGCCCAGCUGGAGGCCUUGCAUGGAAGGCUGCUGUCCUGUGGACUCCAAGAUGGAGGGUCCAGCUCUGAUAGUGACCUGAGUCUGUCUUCAAUGGUUUUUCUUAACCACAGCAGUGGCUCUGAUGAUUCAGCUGGAGAUGGAGAAUAUGGCUUAGACCAGUCCCUUGUUUCUCUAGAGAUGUCAGAGGUGCUUCCAGAUGAAUCAAAAAUCAAUAUGUACCGGCUUUACUUUGGAAGCUCCUACGAAUCAGAACUUGGGAACGGAACCUCUUCAGAUUUGAGCUCGCAAUGCCUGUCAGCACCAAGCUCCAUAACUCAGGAUUUUCCUGGAGCUCCUGGGAAGGAUCAGUUUUCACGACCUCCAAUGUUCAGAACAGCUUCGCAAGAGGGUUAUCAAGAACUCACACAGGAACAAAGAGAUCAACUGAGGGCGGAUAUCAGUAUUAUCAAAAGCAGAUACCGGAACCAAAUUGGAGAGGAUGAUGCCCUUAACCAACCAGGACCAAUCAGAACCAGUCUGGCUAUUAGUCAGUCACAUUUAAUGACUGCACUCAGUCACACAAGGCCAUCCAUCAGUGAGGAUGACUGGAAGAACUUCGCUGAGCUGUAUGAAAAUUUUCAAAAUCCAAAGAAGAGAAAAAAUCAAAGUGGAACAGUGUUCCGACCUGGACAGAAAAAAUGAGAUCACAUCCCUCUAAGAUGCUACAUCCAGCUGCAAGGCCAGGGUCCUGAAUGAUGUCCAUGCCUCCCCAGCUCCAAGGUGACUCUGUCUGGAUACACUCUACUCUACAAGCUAAACUGUAAAGUCAGCCACCAUCAAUACAAACUGUGGCAAGGGGAAAGGAGAAAGUUAAAUAAAAUAUGCAAAUAAAUACAUGAGACAGCAAAGAAAAAUGUAUAGACUGCGACUGUUGGCCUUUCUACAGUUAAUCAUGAGGCCAAGGCUGAGUAAGUUCUGUUUCUUUCUUCCAUUACUAAUUCCAUGUCCCUACCUCAGCCGUGUCACCUUAGUGGAUCAGAGAACUCUACUAAGUGGGAUGGUAUAAACCUUCAUUUCCAUCUGCACCCUUGGUUGCCUAAGGUUACAGAUGGCCUCCAUUAAAUUUACGGUUAACAUUCAGUAUUACAAGGUUCUAGCCGUACUUCUCCCACCCGCCUCAUGUGGCAUCAACUUUCUCUUCACUUAGCCAGUAUAAUCCUCCCCUUUCAAACCACUGGGAACCAUCAUCCCUGUGUUCCCCUUGUAGAAGCAUCCCUCCUUUGCUUACGCCUAAAUGGCAAAGCCCAGAAUCACAAAGAAUACAUGCAAAGAUGUUUCAGUCACUAGGUUUUAACUGAGGAGCCAUCCUCCCUUGUAUUUUGUUCCCAGAUCCUUGUAUUAAAACCACGGCCACUGGUUCGCAGUGUAGACUACAUGUACUACAUCUUGCAGAACAGGAUUCUAGCCUCAGUUAUGUCCCCAAACGGCCAGCUUUUUCAGGAAGAGGGGUGUUUAUGUUAAGUCCAGGGAUUUCACUGCAAAUCAAGUUUCGUGAUCAGAAGCAAGUGUCAUAAAGGAUAGCAUAACAGUGUGAAAGCCUAACAGCAUGAAAUCAUGUAGUGAGUUCGCACGAGACGGUGGAGGACAAAGCAAAUCCAGUUCCAGAAUGUGUCAUCUCCAGGGAGGACAAAUUGCUGCCUCAUCUCCUGCAGGAGGGGGACAAAUGUCAUCAGCCUUUCACAAGUCCUGGACUGGUGUCCCCUGGUGUGAACCUCUGUGGUCAUUGCUGCGGACAAGUAGGUUGGCAGGACAGUGGAUGGUCAGGCCAGCCGUGGUGAGGGGAAACCCACACUGUAGAGCACAUGUAGACCCCCGUCCUUGCCCCCACAGCCACACUGUUCAUGAACACAGUAAACAAGUACUAGGCAGCUGGAGACAAAGGUUGAUUGACGUUCAUGGAGAGGUCAACGCCUCUAUUUUUUUGUUGUUGUUGUUGUUGCUAUUUCUU